AUGAGCUGUCAUAUUUCAACGGAUAGUGCCAGUAGCUUUACGUGGGAUGAAUAUCUGCUAAAAACAAAUGGUCGGCCAGCGAAACCAGAAUGUUUCAAACAGUCGAUUAUUCCACCACCAAACAAGUUCGAAGUUAAUACAAUACUGGAAGCUGAGGACCAUCGUAGUGCAGCUCUAAUUAUGAGCCCUUUGGCGUGUUCACCUGGCGUAACUAAAGGGCGGCACACUAAAUUCAAUGGUUCACCAUUGCUUCUAGGAACUCCUUCCAGAAGAUCCAGUUUGGAUUCUCAUUCUAAUGCGUCUUUUCGACGCUUCAAAGCUGCAUCAUUUAGUCUGGCUCGUGUGGUCGAAACCUGUGGUCCACGUUUACGAAUACGUUUGGUUGGAACAGAUGAUCGCAAUGAUUAUUGGUUCUUGGUUGACUCUGAUCAAAUUAGACCUUACCCAUCUGGAAACCCAUUACAACCGCCAUUUGGAUAUAUGCAUAAUCACCUGGUUUGGAAUCGAACACUUAAGAAGGCAACUGAAGGAACACGUUUUGCUGACCCCUCUUGGUUUAUUAGCCAACCUCCCGAUCCGGAAGACAACUAUUUUCAAGUGAAUGACAAACUAGAAGCAGUAGAUCGCAGAAAUACACAACUCAUCUGCCCUGCCUCUGUUGGAGCUGUGCAUGGACACCACGUAUUGAUAAAUUUUGAUGGAUGGUCUGGAGCGUUUGAUUACUGGGCCCGCUUUGAUAGUCGAGAGUUGUUUCCUGUAGGUUGGUGUAAAUCAGCAAACUAUCCACUUCAACCACCCGGUCCGAAUGUUGUACGAUCUCCUAAUAACCAUUCAACUCCCAAUCUUUUUUAUGCACCAAAUUUUGGUUCCCUAACUAUUAAUGAUUCAUCUAAAUGUGCAUAUGAUAUGCAUACUCGCACUUGUUACCGUGGCAGUAAAAAAGGUAAAAAGUCUCUUCCCCACAAACGACCAGGAUUUUCAAAUAAAGAUAAAUCUCAUGCUGGAUUAAUCAGAAGUGGCUUGCAUAAACAAAUAGAAAAUACAACUCCUUAUACCCAUCGUUACAGUUUAUCAAAGAAAUCAAGUGUAAAUAACCAAAAUUCAUUUCCUUUGAGUUCAUCAAAAGCGAAUUCUCACGACAUAUCCAGUCUCAUGGAUGAUGAAAACAAACUUGCUAAUGUUUCUGUAGAACUUAAUGCGACAUCAAUUGAUUCUUCCAUUCAUUCUUUGUCUUCACCACCAGUCAUUCCCCCUGUUCUUGAAGAUGCGAAUGACUCCCUAAGCUUAUUUUAUUCAUCAUCACCUCCUGAACACCCUCCAUGUAUUGAGUUUUCUGGAUCAUUGAACGAUUCUGCGGCUGGCCGUCAUAAUUGUGUUGCUAAUCCUUCCGACUGUGUGGUCCGACUUCAGGCUAGACCUUCCACUUUAUCCAGCAUAUCAGAUUCACAGGAUCUAGUACUUAAAUCAUGGAAGGUGGUUACAGAAACAAGACAAAGAAAUAAGCGACUAAAAUUAAAGCGUUGCAAGCAGACUUCUUCAAAAGGAUACGAUGAAUUAAAACAGAAAUUAAAAUUGAUUAAGGGUAAAACGACGGAUCCCGUCACUCGUAACUAUGAUUUUGUUGAUCCUCUUUCCUCUAACUUGAAUAAUCUUCCUGAUUUGCAUCAGAAUUAUCGGAAUCUGCGUGUUUGCAAUAAUUAUAAUUCCUGUAACUACCAAAACACCAGUGAUUCUGUUACUUAUCAAGAUGACCCGAAGUCAACGUGUACUACACUGUACGAACAGGACAGGAAAAAUGUAUUCAAAAGCGACGUCAGCAAACAAAGAACCCCUCUUCUGGAUUCAGAUAUAAUCCUCCGUACAGAUGUUUCUCGUGAAAGUAUACAUCCAAGUGCAUGCUAUUUCGAUGAAAUUAAUUCACCUCUUCAUGACAAUCUGUCGGUAGAAACAUCCGAUACACCGUCAUGGUUUUCAGGAAAGGUGGAGUGUGGUUCUAGUAAAUCUUCGUAUCCUGUAUACACGCACCAAAAUACUGACAGCUUAGAUAACCAAAGUUGUACUACACAUCUUCCCUCGUCAACUGUAUCUCCGUCAUCACUAGACUUGGGUUCAUUUCCUUAUCCCAACCCUGCACAGUGGACCAUUGAAGAAGUAUAUAAUUAUAUUACAACUCGGGAUGCAACUCUUCUAGAGGCGGCUGAAAAGUUCAAGCAUCAUGAGAUCGAUGGUCAGGCGUUGCUACUUGUCAGUAUGGAGUCACUUCGUAAUUACAUGAAAAUUAAGUUGGGUCCAGCGCUAAAGGUGGUCCACCUUAUCAAUCGCUUAAAGCGCGGUUUAGUAUAA